ACUGUUGCAACAUCAUCCCCCGUAUUGUUACGUCUUCCCCUGUGCGAAGAAAUGUUUUGAAUACGACAACCUACCAAAUGCAAACGAGAGCGAAACCCAAGCGCUAGCUUUUUCACUUGCCCUGCCUGGUUGUCCCGUAAGGCAGAUACUUCCUGGCACCGUUCCGACAGACCGGUUUCUUUUCUGCCCAUUUUCUAGUUUCAGCGUCAGAGCCCGCCUCCGGGCGGGGACCCGGCGCGCUGAGUGGACGACGCCAGGAAGGAACAGAGAGUACUCUCCAAACAGCUGUGUGAGUGUGUGUGGGGUUCGUGUGUGCCUCUGGACGUGUGUGAACCGCAUUCACCGCAGGAGUUGGCAUAGCCCCCGUGCUCCCUGCUUGAAUGGGGUAUUACUCGCCGCGCACGAAUCUCUUAUCGGUACACACAUUAACGCGGAUACCGGAGGCAAUGCAACACUUAUGAGGAGACCGAGAGCGGAACAGAAAACCCGGUUCGUUCCAGGACAGGUUUGAGGCGUGCACCUUCGGCGUUGUCAUGGAAACCGCUGUGUGUGCGGAAACCGUGGAGAAGAUGGACGAGGAGCCGUCUCCGGGCGCGGGCGGCGGGGCCGGGACCGGGGAGUUCGCCGAGCCGGCGGCGGGUCUCUCAGACCGGAUCCCGCUGGUCAAGCCGUGCUUCAAGAAGAAGGACGGCCAGCGGAAGCUCGACGCGAAACGCCUGCAGGGCCUCGACCCCCUCCUGACCUCCCUGCUCACCUCGGACACGCUGGUCGCGGGCGACGGGGUGUUCCUGGCCCCCAAAGCGCUGAGGGAGCACUCGCACAGACACUUAUGCUGCUCCGCCGUGCCCAAACCGGCCUGGAGAAAGCGGGCGUGCCCCAGGGACCAGUCUUCGGCUCCCGCAGUUCUGCCCGUUAGCGGACUCGAGGAAACGGCGGGAAUACGCCGCCCGCCCGACUCCGGCGACGGGGAACCGGAGCCCCCCGGCGUCAAGCGCCCGGUGUUGCCAACGGCAACCACCGAACGCUUCGUCCUGCCCCCGGGCAGCGAGUCAGGGGACGCCGCGCCCAGCGGUUGCCCGGGAGACGGAAUAUUCCGGGGGAAAAGCGAGGAGGCGUCCCUGGACCUGGUGUUCGACUUCCUCACGCAGCUGCAGUACCACACGCACCAGGAAGAGGGUGUGGCCAUCUGCGUGGACUUCCUGCGCGGGACGUGUGCCUACGGCAGCGACUGUGCCUUCCACCACACCGUGCUGCCCUACCACUGGCAGGUACGCCGCGCCGAGGGCGGGGCCUGGCGCAGCCUCUCCGACCAAUCCCAGGACCAGCUGGAGCGCCUCUACUGUAACCCUGACAACGAGAGCGUCCGGCUUAAUCAUGGGGGGUGUGUGUUCACGCUGGACCUCUGCACUAUGCGGGUGCAGGACCACGAGUUUGACCAGGUCCGCCGCCUAAGCGCACCUUCUUCCCCCUCCUCCUCCUCCUCCUCCUCCUCAGCAACCACACCCCCGGAUGCUAACCCUGCGUCUAACUGCCACACGGUGUGGAAGUACUUCUGCAAGGACAACCUGGGGUGGAGAGAGUACUCAAAGCUGGUGGUGCGACUCAUCGAGGAGGCGAGCGGGCGGGGCCUGGUGGAGGUCCGCUUCGUCACGCUCCAGAACCAGUACGUCCUGAACAUCCAGGACGGGUUCCAGCAGAACGCCAUCCUCGGGUACCGCCGGCCAAUCAGGAAACGGCCCGUCUUCCUCUCCUCCGUGCUGCUCACGCCGUACUUGCGAACUCUCGGUGGUCUCUCCUCUUCAGAGAGCCUGGGCAACUCGCGCCCCCCUUCCCCCAACUCGCCUGCCCUGGUGUCCCAGUCAGCCCAGGCCCUGCCAAACCCGACUGCACCUGCCCCGACACCGGCCCCCGCCAGGGUGUUCCCCGAGACCUGGCUACCCAUGCGGCCCAGCCAGGACUUCCUGCAGGUGCCCGUGUCCCCGGAGGACCGAAGCUACCGCACCGUCUACAGCCUGUUCCACAGGACCGUGUCGGAGACCCGCUUCCGCAUCCUGAGGAUUCUGCGUGUCCAGAACCCGUACCUCUGGGAGAAGUACAAGAGGAAGAAGGAGUACAUGUCCAGGAAGUUGUCCGAGUCGGAGCGGGGCCAGAACGAGCGGCACCUCUUCCACGGCACCUCGCAGGAUGCGGUGGACGGCAUCUGCAAGCACAACUUCGACCCGCGCGUGUGCGGCAAACACGCCACCAUGUUCGGCCAGGGCAGCUACUUCGCCCGCAAGGCCGUGUACUCCCACAACUUCUCCAAGCGCUCGUCCAAGGGCCUGCACUUCAUGUUCCUGGCCAAGGUCCUGAGUGGCAGGGUCACCGUGGGCAACGCCUGCAUGCGGCGCCCGCCCCCCCUGUGCCCCGGCGACCCCUCCAGCGACCUCUUCGACUCCUGCGUGGACAACUGGGCCGACCCCCAAGUAUUCGUCAUCUUCAACGAUGACCAGAGCUACCCGUACUUUGUCAUCGAGUACGAAGAGGUUUCCGGCACGGUGUCCAUCUGAGCCUGCCUUACUGCGGGAGGAGUUCGCCCGUCUGGGGACAGUGGCCCAUCUGGGGACAGUGGCCCGUCCUCUGGCCGAAUCUUAGCCAUUCAGUCUUGCUGUCUGGUACUGGGAUGAAAAAUGUUAAAAAAAAAAAGGGGCAACUAUGAACCUACCUCGACAUCGCCUCUCCUCUCCGUCUCCUGAGGCGAUCUCUGGAGUCCACUUGAAGAGUUCCCGAAGUGGUGGAGUCUCACGUCCUCAGGAAUGUAGCUGUCCGUCCGUCUGUCCCGAGGUUUAAGAGUCGUUGGGGGCAGGGGGGGAAGCUUUCGUGGGGGGAUGGGACGGUUACCUUCUGAGUCUCGGAUCGAUGGAACUGCGGUGGUGGAUUGGUGGAGUAGUGUACCUGAGGAAUGAUGUUGUAGGACAGGAGCACUCAAUCGUCCCCAGAAAGGGCUGGUUUUGGUGCAGGGUCUUGUUCCAACCAUGCACUUACACAGCUGAUUCUACUGAUCAAGGCCCUAUUCAAAGACUCUAACGGUUGCUAGGUAGAAUCGGGUGUGUAGCUGCUUGGUCGGAACAAAAGCCUGCACCCACACCGGCCCUUUCGGGGGAAGAUUGAGUAUCCCUGUUGUAGGGGAUGGCCUUUCUCAAAGAGGCAAGAGAGGCAAAUAAAUUCUAUGGCCCUAGAUGGGUGGAGCUUUCUGCCACUAAGGCAGGGGCUUUUCCAAGAGCGUGUGCCAGAGGGGAGAUUACUGUAAUCCUUUUUCUUUUCUUUUGUUUACCUCAUCCCCGUCCCUGCCCACUCCUCCCUUAUUGAAACGAUCAUUUUGUCCAAAAUUUGUUUGUAUUAAUUAUGUUUUUACCCUGUGCCUUUUUGUCUUUAAAGUGUUUAUUUAUGUUUGCCACUGUAAUUUGCAAUAAAAAAAGAAUGUUUUAAUAAUAAA